AUGAACUAUUUUCUAUCAAAAAUAAAUAAUACAUUCUCUCCCCGCCCUCUCUCCCCUCUCUCUCUCUCUCUCUCUCUCUCUCUCUCUCUAUCUAUCUAUCUAUCUAUCUAUCUAUCUAUCUUUAUCUCCCUUGGGUUAGAUAGAAAAUCUUUAGUCUUCGUUGACAAUAAACGGUUGUUCACCCGCCGACCAAAGCCAGCAAAAAGAAUUCAUUUAAAGAAAGGGCGACAACUCUAUCGAUACCAGACGAUCAGAAUGGAACAGCGACACUCAGAGGCUGUCUUAAAGCAACUCGCCCAAAAGCUUCUUUCCGAACCAGAAAACAAACAGUUCAAAUUAGCUAUUCACGAAUUUCAGCAGAGCCACUCCCUAACCACUUUAUGUUCCCAGUUGAAAAAUGUAAUUAACACACCUGAGCGGCUAGUGCUGCUUGUAGAGUUGAGUUAUUUGGUGCCACCUCACCUGUCAAACGACUUCCACCGACUGUGUUCACUUCAGUUUCACAAUUACGGCAAAGCGCUACAGACGUGUCGACCGGGCACUCUUCCCCGACACGAAAGCUCGCGUAUAAUCGCCCAGGACUCGUCGGGUAAAUCUCGCAUCGUAUCUCAGGGUAACUUUAAACAGCUGGUAAUCAGCAGUUCGCCCGAUUUGCGACACAGUUCCCGCAUAUCCCAGAACUCGAACGGCAGCCGGAGUUUCGACGAUAUCGACGAAUCAACUUCGGCUUUCGACUCGUUCUGGGACGCCAGCCUCUCACCUCGCUCGUACAGAAAAUUUGACAGCCAUUAUAUAACGAACACUGGCAAGAUGGCUGAGGCUAUCUAUGGCAGAAACAAAUCGCCUGGAUACGAGCAGACGAAUGGCUAUACGGGGCGGAAAAAUGAGAUCACGCUUUACGAAGACAGCAUGGGUUUGUCCAUCACGAAAAUCCCGGACAGUAAUACCAGCAACACAAUGAAUCGAAAAAAAAACCUGCGACGGGUCUAUAUACUUCGAAAUCAAAGUAACCUGGGCUUAUCGCUGAAGGGAGGAAGUGAUGACCGAACGCCAGUAACAAUUGAUUGGGUGGAAGAAGGAAGUCUAGCACACCAACAGGGAUUAAAAGCAGGAGACAGAAUUCUUGAAGUCAACGGACACGAUUUUUCCCGUAUUACCCAUGAUGCAGCAGUCAAGAUUAUGUUAAUGUCUUCAGAGCUAGGCCUCCUUGUCGAAUCAGACGAUUCAGAGCAUGGACGAUUUGACAGUUUUAAUCGUCAUGAAAACAAAGAAGAAGAUAUUACUAUUUUUCCUUCACCCCAGGGAAGAAUAGGGUGCGUAAUUACAAGAGACGGAGUUACGGGCCAUGAGGUGAUCGUAAAAAGUAUUGUACCCAAUUCACCAGCCAGUAAAGCAGGGCUAAAUGUAGGGGAUCACGUUCUAAAGAUAGACGGCAUUGACGUCAGUCUCCUGACCGAAAAGCAAGUUGUCUCCCUUGCCACAUCGUCCAAGAAAGUGAAGCUUCGAAUCGGAAAAGCACCAUACUACCCGUUGCGUAAUAGCGGUGAACGGAACGUUUCCCCAAAACUUCGAUCAUACGGGUCCGAGACACAUUACCUCCCCUACGAGAGUUACGCCCCCUUAAACCGAGUAUACAGUUUCGACUGCCUGUCACCUGUCAGAUCAAGCGAACACGGGUCCCAUAUUUAUUACAGCUACCAACGACCAGGAAGUGCCCAUGCCUUAGGAAGUUACCCGCACUCCCACACAGGCUAUCGGAAGAUAACGGCUUCUUCACGUUCUGGUCCAGCGAUAAUGUCCAAAGGAGCCAGACAGCAUGCGACUCACAGUACCACUUACCUGAGAUCGGUCAGUCAUCGGCUGGAAGAUCUUCACCUGAGUGGUCAUUAUGAAUCACGUUCUGCCAGAUCGGCGCCGGCGGGGAGACUCUACCAUUCAAGAAGUUCGGGAGCUAUUAAUUUUUUGAGCGAUUUUGAAGAAACAAACCGGAAGCCCAAAUAUGGACAUCUAAAAAGUCAAAGGGUCACUUCCUCUUCCUCCAGUCCUAACUAUUACAUGUCAGACAGUGACUCAUGGCAUUUAUACUAA